CACCAAAGUGCCACCAUGAGCACAGAUGCUGAAAUGGAGCAGUAUGGCCCGGCGGCAAUUUACCUCCGGAAGUCAGAAAGGGAGAGGAUUGAGGCUCAGAGUACUCCUUUUGAUGCCAAAACUGCCUAUUUUGUGGUGAAUGAAGCUGACCUGUACGUCAAGUGUAAACUCAUCAAGAAGGAGAGUGGCAAAGCCACAGUCGAGACUGACGGAGGAAAGACGGUAACCAUCAAAGAGGACGAUAUCCAUCCCAGGAAUCCUCCAAAGUUUGACAAAAUUGAGGACAUGGCAAUGAUGACCCACCUCAACGAGCCUUGUGUGUUGUACAACCUGAAAGAUCGUUUUGCAUCCUGGAUGAUCUACACCUACUCCGGGUUGUUCUGUGUGGUCGUAAAUCCCUACAAGUGGCUGCCUGUGUAUGAUGCUGUUGUUGUAGCAGGAUACAGAGGCAAGAAGAGGAUUGAGGCUCCACCCCACAUCUUCUCCAUCUCUGACAAUGGCUAUCAGUUCAUGCUCACAGAUCGUGAGAACCAGUCUGUCCUGAUUACCGGAGAAUCCAGUGCUGGCAAGACUGUCAACACCAAGCGUGUCAUCCAGUACUUUGCAACUAUUGCAGCAUUGGGUAGCAAAAAGGACCAAGCGCAGCAAAGCUCUGGAAAAAUCCAGGGCUCCCUUGAGGACCAAAUUGUUGCUGCUAACCCUCUGCUAGAGGCUUAUGGUAAUGCCAAGACUGUGAGGAAUGACAACUCUUCCCGUUUUGGUAAAUUCAUCAGGAUCCACUUUGGUACAAGUGGAAAGCUGGCCUCAGCUGAUAUUGAAACAUAUCUGCUGGAGAAGUCCCGUGUCACCUUCCAGCUGUCUGCUGAGAGGAGCUACCAUAUCUUCUAUCAGCUUAUGACAGGCCACAAGCCUGAGCUCAUUGAUGCUCUGCUGAUCACCACCAACCCCUACGACUUCCCAAUGAUCAGCCAAGCAAUGGAAGUGACAGCUGGAAGAACUCCUAUGAAGAGGCUCUGGACCAACUGGAGACCAUGUCUAAAUAUCAAAAAUAAUCUAAUUGCAACCCCUUUUUAUUACAUAACAUCUACAUAAAUUGGUGUCUCAACA